UUUGAUCCUUGCAAGGACCCGAUCUAAUCGAAAGGGGACAGGAGAGCUCAAGCACCUCCCUCCCAAUCUCCUUCCGCUCGGAAAUCGCCUUUCAGCACGAUUAGUGCUGCACCCAGAUUCUCGGCAGCUGCUCACACAGAACCGUCAAAAUUUCCAUCCUCGAGGAUCUUGAGUUUGCGGAGGAAGAAAGCAUGGGUGCAGGAGCCAGCGCCGAGGACAAAAAGUCGAAGGAGUUAGAAAAACAACUCCAGGAGGAUGCUGAUAAGGAGUCUAAAACAGUCAAGCUAUUAUUGCUUGGUGCUGGUGAGUCAGGGAAAAGCACCAUUGUUAAACAAAUGAAGAUUCUGCAUCAAGGUGGUUACACAAAAGAGGAACAAAUGGAGUUUAGAGCCGUCAUCUAUGGCAACAUCCUGCAGUCUGCUCUGGCUAUCAUCAGAGGCAUGGAGAUGCUUGGCAUCGAUUUUGGCUCAGCCUCUGGACAGGAGGAUGCACAGAAGCUGCAGAACUUGUCAGACUCCAUUGAAGAAGGGACAAUGCCUCCUGAGCUGGCUGAAUGCAUCCAGAAGCUCUGGAAAGACUCUGGUGUGCAGGCCGGCUUUGAGAGAGCUGCCGAGUUCCAGCUCAAUGACUCUGCUGGAUACUACCUCAAUGAACUGGACAGAAUCUGCAAGUCAGACUACCUCCCCAGUGAGCAGGAUGUGCUGCGAUCUCGAGUCAAAACAACUGGUAUCAUCGAAGAACAGUUCUCCUGCAAAGAGUUGCACUUCAGAAUGUUUGACGUGGGCGGUCAGAGGUCAGAGAGAAAGAAGUGGAUCCAUUGUUUCGAGGGUGUGACCUGCAUCAUCUUCUGCGGAGCUCUCAGCGCAUACGACAUGGUGCUCGUAGAGGACGACGAAGUGAACCGCAUGCACGAGUCCCUCCAUCUAUUCAACAGUAUCUGCAACCACAGAUUCUUUGCACUGACCUCCAUCGUGCUUUUCCUCAACAAGAAGGAUCUCUUUGAAGAGAAGAUCAAGAAAGUUCACCUGAGCAUCUGCUUCCCAGACUACGACGGCCCCAACACAUACGACGAUGCCAGCAACUACAUCAAGACACAGUUCAUGGAGCUGAACAUGAAGAAGGGUGUGAAAGAAAUCUACUGCCACUUGACCUGUGCCACAGACACAAAGAACGUCGAGAUCGUGUUCAACGCCGUGACAGACAUCAUCAUCAAAGAAAACCUUAAAGAUUGCGGUCUUUUCUAAGCAGCUCCGGAGUGAAAAGAGAACGUCCUUUCCUACCUUAACCCCUCACACAUUGGCAUUAACUAAGAAGUGUACUGAUGGAGCACGGAGGGUCUGCAGAUCGUUGUCUCUAUGCCACCGCUUCCAUGCCAAGCCCUGGUCCUUGACUGCUCCUAGCACCUCACCAUCUCCAACAGCGCACCCCUGCAACACAGUGCAACGUCCAGCUGGGUGGAAACAACUAUCGAGUCACCGCACCGGCGCUGUGGACAUACAGCUUUCUACAGAUACAGUACGUCUUCACACCAAAAAACUGCUGGUUCGAAUGUAAGAAGAUGAAAUAGUUCGAUCCUCACUGCUUUCUUUCGACUACUGCGUUGUGAAUAAAACAAUAAAUCUGAGGAAAAUAUUAAUAUUUUGAAUAGCAACAUCGCAACCUUGUUUUUGUUUUUUGAGUACAGUAGUCUCUGUGGUCUUGAUAUUUAAACUGUAAAAAGUUGCUGAGAAAAUAUUUCACAUAUUUCCGUAUGCGCUUUCAGUGUAUCCAGAUUACAAAACCAAAUUGUACAUGUAUUUGAUCUAAAUAGUGUUGAUGUAUUCAAUUCAGAAUGUCAAACAUGGUAGAGAAACUUUGUACAUAAGAGUAGGUAAUUCAUUAUAUUUUGAAAGAUAAAACGUUAUGGAAAUAUAUGAGGGCAACAUUAGAGGGAAGAUGCUGUAUUUAAAAAAAAAAAAAAAAGGGGGAAUGAAAAUCUACCGAGUUUAUUCUUUCUUAUGACAUGUAGAGGCAUGAAAUAAAGAUGCAUUAACUUCA